AUGCCAACAAUAAAAUUUGGACAAGCGACAAACUCAAUUUUCAAUGUUAGUCGGACCAAAUAUGGAGAGAAGCGAGUUUAUGUUCCUCCACAUGGUUAUGCUUCUGCAGCUAGCGGGUGGUCUCCCACAGGCUACCUUCACCCUAGUGGCAAUUUCAAAGAGAUCGUAAAGGAAAACGCAUCGAGGAGUUCCAAAAAGCGAAACUCCGCGGUUUCACGAUACGGGAGCUUGUCGACUUUGAUAUAUGCAUUUCUUUCUGAAAUGCAUACUUUACCAUUUUUAGAUGCAUUGCUCUUAGGGCCUCGAAAACCGGUGAGUCGAGGGAGAUCAACCAUUCCGCUUCCGGACGGUCUUUAUACAUUCUGGCGCAGAGAUCAACAAGCUAGGACUGCAAAUGGUUCUGAAGAAUGCGAGAAGGCUUUUACUGCAUAUUUGAAAUCGUUACAGGAAAGACUAAUACGGGGGUUUGCCGCGGGUUACCGUAUGCCAUGGGAUGACGCUCCUAUAAAAACCAAUUGUCUUGGUGUUACUCACCUCGGAGAGAAUAGUGAAGAGAAAGCAGGUGCCCAAUAUUACUUAGCAAUUACUAUGAUUCAUGAAUUAACGCAUGCAAUUGGUUUUAACUUUUUUGACGAUCCUGAAGUCAAGCUUCGCUAUGGAUACGAACCAUAUUUCGAGAAUUCACCUCAGUGUGAAUUGGGGUUUGAAAUGGAAAACAGUGUUUUUGGUGGUAUCAUCGAACCAGUCUUCAAGGCACCUGCAGCUCUGCUCGCAUAUUGGAUGGCUUCCAGUUAUCCCUGUUGGUUUCAUAUGCACAUACGAACUCCGGAAACAAUGGUUUUGGAUUUGGUUGCGGAAUAUAAUGAUGUGCUAUAUACUUACUUUAUCCCGAUUCAAACUUUCGAGGAUAUGAGAAAGCUGAGCUUUUGGGAUACUGUUAUUCGGCGGUACGGCUUCUCAGCUGAUUGGACGGACUACGAUGAAUUCAAUGCUCCCCAAUUGGCGUUGAUGAAAACAGCUAGAUUCUCGUUUCACGAAGGGAAACAACAAGCUAGGAUUAAAGAGUUAGCCGAAUCGGUAGAGCUGUACAACUCAAAACAAUUUUCACCUUCAAGAAAGACAGCUUCCAAAGUUUUAGACGAUAUAAUGGCAAGCGCAUCAAAAGAAGAAAAAUUCUACGACUUCACUCAGGAUGCUGCUGAUGCAGGACAAGGUGAUAAAGUAGCGUUACUACUUAUCCCAAAGCUCGAGCAAGCAGUAUUAGCCCACAAAGAAACUUUCCAUCUCCUAGAGGCCUCGGAAGCGUUCAGACAUGAAAAAUUUCGAGAUCGUCGCGCCACGCUUUUCCGUUGGAAUGUCGAUGAGAUUGUAAUCGCAACUCUUGAACAACUCGUUCAGCUCCUUGCCCAGCUCGAAGAUGUACGCUUGGAAUUAUUCCCCCCAUUACCUACUUGGACAAUUGGACAUGAAUAUAAGGCCGAGGGAAUCGAGGAAUUGAAAAAAUGGCCCGAGAAUUUCUUUGCAGGAGAACUUGCAGAACUGGAUUUCGUGUAUCUUCUCUACACUGCAGCGUUGGAACCUAAUUUGAGUAGAUGCCGUACUUUGGCAGGAAACAGGAUGCAGGAAAAUUUGGGUUCGUCGCCGAUGUCGUUUUAUUGUCGCUUUUUGUGCAUGACGCAGGUGCUAGUGUGUAGUGAUGAGUGGAUGGAGAGGAAGUGGGAAGAGAGAUAUCAAGUGAUAGGAGAAAAGUUGCAGUGGUUGAAAUUCAUGAGGGAGGGGUGUAUGGAGUUGUGGGGGAGUACUUUUGAGGUGUGGAUGCGGUGGUAUGAGGCGAGGAGAAGGAAGGUGGAUGAUGAGAAGGCGGCUGAGGAGAUGGCGAGGUUGUCCAGGGAGAACUCGGAGAGAGGGAGGAGGAAGAGGAGGGAGAGAUUUUAG